AGACGACCGCCGACGACGACGACCUCAAGAUGUCUCACUGUAAGUUCGAGCACCCGCGACACGGUUCGCUGGGUUUCCUGCCCCGCAAGCGAGCGGCCAACCACCGAGGAAAGGUCAAGUCGUUCCCCAAGGAUGACCCCAAGAAGCCCGUCCACCUCACCGCCAUGAUGGGCUACAAGGCCGGCAUGACCCACAUUGUGCGCGACCUUGAGAGGCCCGGUUCGAAGAUGCACAAGAGGGAGAUUGUCGAGGCGUGCACCGUCAUCGAGACUCCCCCCAUGGUUGUCGUCGGUGUCGUUGGCUACGUUGAGACUCCCCACGGCCUGCGCAGCCUGACCACCGUCUGGGCUGAGCACCUUUCGGACGAGGUCAAGAGGCGCUUCUACAAGAACUGGUACAGGUCCAAGAAGAAGGCCUUCACCAAGUACGCCAAGAAGCACAGCGAGAACAACGGCCAGAGCGUGGCGAGGGAGCUCGAGCGGAUCCGCAAGUACUGCACCGUCGUUCGCGUCCUUGCCCACACCCAGAUCCGGAAGACGGGCCUGAAGCAGAAGAAGGCGCACCUGAUGGAGAUCCAGGUCAACGGAGGCUCUGUCUCGGACAAGGUUGACUUUGCCAAGGCUUCCUUCGAGAAGACCGUCGACGUCAACUCUGUCUUUGCGCAGAACGAGAACAUCGACGUCAUUGCUGUCACAAAGGGUCACGGUUACGAGGGUGUCACGGCCAGGUGGGGGACCAAGAAGCUGCCGAGGAAGACGCACAGGGGUCUCCGUAAGAUUGCCUGCAUUGGCGCCUGGCACCCGGCCAACGUCAUGUUCACCGUCGCCCGCUCGGGUCAAGACGGUUACCACCACCGGACGGAGCUCAACAAGAAGGUUUACCGGAUCGGCAACGGUGCCCAGGACACCUCGGGCAGCACCGACUUUGACACGACCAAGAAGACGAUCAACCCCAUGGGCGGCUGGCCCCACUACGGCAUUGUCAACAACGACUUUGUCAUGAUCCUCGGCUCGUGCCCCGGUGUCAAGAAGCGUGUUCUCACCCUCCGUCGCAGCCUCAAGGUCCACGCCAACCGCAAGGACCUCGAGCAGGUCAACCUCAAGUUCAUCGACACUUCGAGCAAGUUCGGCCACGGUAUCUACCAGACCGGCGAGGAGAGGACCGCCGCCGAGGGCGUUCGCAAGAUCAAGGUCACCCCCACGGCCUGAUUUUGAGCUUGAGCUUUCGUCAUCAUCUUCUCUUUGUAUGGUUUACUUGUUCACUUCUUUACACCCACCUCAAAAUCAUGACCCUCAUGGAUCCAUAAUCUCUUCUGGCGAGCGAUGCGAGCAAUGUGUGGAUAGUGAGUGAUAGGAGACGCAAAGUGAAAGUGGGCUCUCGCAGGAAGAGUUUGAAUUGCAGAAGGGGAUCAAUGUGAAAUGGGCUGCUCCAAGUGCAGUGAGAGAGAAGGAUUUGGGUGGAUGAAAUGGUAUAGGAUGAAUCGAGUGCAAGUGAAUGUGAAUGUAAUGAAGAG